AAGGGGCAGAACUCAAAUUAAGAACUUUUGACUGAUAGAUUAAAGAGAGCACAUAAAGAUCCGCAAAUAGCAGGAGAGAAUAAGCAACGUCUAUUUCCAUGCUUCUUUGGAUUCUGAAUUAUGACUGAUUCACUUGCUUUUUCAGGAGAUAUGUUGAUUGAUGGAUUUGAUGAAGGAGAAGGAGAAUUUCGCAAACAUGGGGAGGUUAAGGUUGAUCCAGUGAAACUUCCAUCUUUGACUUGGCAGCGCAAGUUAAACUGUGAUGAUAUUUCCCUUUCAGAAUUCAGUCUUAAGCUGAAAGAAAUGGUUUCUCUGGCUCCUCUAGGUUUCCGCCUGUGGAGAUUUCUACAAGAAGAAAAAGCCAAGGGAAAGGAUGGUCUGUUUAUCAAUCCUUUCAUAAAAAGGAUCUACUCAUCAUGCCAAGGAGUUCCUAUUGGUGGUAUGGGUGCAGGAAGCAUAGGAAGAAGCUUCAAAGGUGAAUUUUUGCGCUGGCAAAUAUUUCCUAGGAUAUGUGAAGAUACACCAGUUCUGGCAAACCAAUUUUCUAUAUUUGUUAGACGUUCAAAUGGUGAAAAUUAUUCUACUGUGUUAUGCCCAAGAACUCCAAAUGAUUCUGCAGCUUGUGGAAUAGGAUCCUGGGACUGGAAUCUGGGUGGCCAAAAUUGUACAUAUCAUGCUCUGUUUCCAAGAGCGUGGACUGUAUACGAAGGGGAACCUGAUCCGGAACUCAGGGUAGUAUGCCGUCAGAUCUCUCCUUUUAUCCCCCACAACUACAAAGAGAGCAGCUUACCUACAGCAGUCUUUACUUUCACGGUUCAUAACUUGGGAAAGACGUCUGCAGAUGUCACUUUGCUUUUCACCUGGGCAAAUUCUGCUGGUGGAGAUUCUGGAAUUUCUGGCCAUCAUUUCAAUUCAAAGUUUAGAAUGGAAGAUGGAGUCCAAGGCGUACUCUUGCACCACAUGACUUCCAAAGAACGGCCUUCUGUAACUUUUGCAAUUGCAGCAGAGGCAAAUGAUACAGUUCACGUCUCUGAGUGCCCUUUCUUUGUGAUAUCUGGAGACUCCCAGGGAAUUACAGCAAAAGAUAUGUGGAAUGAAGUAAAAAAGAAUGGAUCCUUUGAUCACCUCCAAUCUGAGGAAAUGUCAAUGCCUUCUGAUCCGGGAUCACUUGUUGGAGCGGCAGUUGCAGCUUCACUAACUAUUCCAGCAGAUGAUGUAAAAAGUGUGACAUUCUCAUUGGCAUGGGCCUGCCCUGAAAUUAAUUUUGCAAGUGGUAGAACUUAUCACAGGCGCUACACAAAGUUUUAUGGUACUACGGGGCAUGCUGCUGCAAAAAUUGCACAUGAUGCUAUCCAGGAGCACACCCAGUGGGAGUCACAAAUAGAAGAAUGGCAGAAACCUAUAAUUGAAGACAAGAGGCUUCCCGAAUGGUAUCCAAUAACUCUCUUCAAUGAGCUCUAUUAUUUAAAUGCUGGGGGGACAAUUUGGACAGAUGGAUUGCCACCAGUUCAAAAAUUAUCAACAAUUGGGAAAAGAUUUUCCAUAGAUAGAUCUAGUUUGGAUGUAAAAGUAAGUGCUGAUCCAACCCAGUCAGAUGAUACUGCUGUUCUCAUUCUUGAAAGGAUGGGCUCGGUGCUUGAUGAACUUCAAACUCCUGUCUCAGUAAAUGCUGCUGUCGGGACAAAUCUUCUUCAGAAGGGAGAGGAAAAUGUUGGCCAGUUCCUCUAUCUUGAAGGGAUUGAAUAUUAUAUGUGUAACACAUAUGAUGUUCAUUUUUAUGCAUCUUUUGCUUUGACUAUGCUAUUCCCAGAACUUGAACUUAGCAUACAACGAGACUUUGCAGCUGCUGUGAUGAUGCAUGAUCCAAGUAAGAGAUUGCUCUUGGAUGAUGGAAUGUCUGCGACAAGGAAAGUUCUUGGCGCUGUUCCUCAUGAUAUUGGAAUGGAUGAUCCCUGGUUUGAAGUAAAUUACUAUUGCCUGUAUAACACAGAUAGGUGGAAAGAUUUGAAUCCAAAAUUUGUUCUUCAAGUUUACAGGGAUUUUGUUGCGACAGGUGAUAAAAAGUUUGUCGAAGCUGUUUGGCCAUCUGUGUAUAUGGCAAUGGCUUUCAUGGAUCAAUUUGAUAAGGAUGGGGAUGGGAUGAUAGAAAAUGAAGGAUUUCCUGAUCAGACAUAUGAUGUAUGGUCUGUCUCUGGUGUGAGUGCAUACAGUGGUGGCCUAUGGGUGGCAGCUUUGCAGGCUGCAUCAGCCUUAGCUCGAGAAGUUGGUGACAAGGGUUCUGAAGACUACUUUUGGUUUAAGUUUCAGAAAGCAAAGGAAGUUUAUCAAAAAUUGUGGAAUGGUUCUUACUUUAACUACGAUAAUAGUGGCAGUGCCGUAAGCUCGUCCAUUCAAGCUGAUCAGUUGGCUGGACAAUGGUACGCUCGAGCAUGUGGUCUUCUACCAAUUGUUGAUGAAGAAAAAGCUAAAACUACAUUUGAGACAGUGUUCAAUUUCAAUGUCAUGAAGGUCAAGGAUGGGAAACGAGGAGCAGUGAAUGGGAUGCGGCCCAAUGGAGAGCCUGACUCAUCUAGUUUGCAAUCAAGGGAGAUAUGGUCUGGAGUUACAUAUGCUGUUGCGGCAGCCAUGAUUCAUGAAGACAUGGCUGAUAUGGGAUUUAAAACUGCAGCUGGAGUCUACGAAACCGUUUGGUCUGAAGAUGGCUUUGGAAAGGACAGAAACUUCUUAAGAAACAGGGAUGGGAAUUACUCCUGUACAGAAGUGUCAAUAAUUGCACAGAGCUUUCCAGAGAGAGGAAGACUUUCAAUAACAAAAUCAGCAAAUGAAUUUGGAAACAAAGGCUGGAUUUGGAGGUUCAGGGUGUCACAUUGUUUUUAGCAUAGUGAAUAUUUACACGGCUCAAAUAGUGUAUACAUCGGUUCGGUUUGACCUAUUUUCAGUUUGUUUUUGGGUUAUUCGUCUUUUCGGGUUUUAUAGACAAACCAAUGGAACGAAUAAAAGUUGUACUGAAACUGCUCUCCUAGAAAAAAGGGUUUUUCACUAUCUAUUGAUAAAUGAUAAUGGUAGAUACAAGCAAAAUAAUGCAAAGUUGAAAUGGGGUAAUAUGAGAUUUUGAUAGCAUAAAGAAGAAGAAAGAGAGAGUUACCAAGAAUUAAUAAAAGGAAAAAGGUCAAUAGGAAUUAAUUGAAAGAAAAAGAUCAUCAGGAACUGCCGAAAAAGAAAGAAAACAGAGGAGAAGCCGUCUCCUUGUCCUAAAGGCAGCAAACGGAAUAAAUGAUAAACAGUGCACAUGACUGGGAUCAAACUCCCAUCUUUGGGAGCCAAAGUUGAGACUUUGCCGAUGCACCCCCUCCAUCCUUAAUAGAUCCGCCCCUGUUUGAAAUACAAUAUGGUUAAACAACUUCUAAGGCAGUUAUAACUGCCAAUUCCCAAUUUCUGAUUUCACAAUUUGGAUGGAAACAAAUACUUCUGUGAGAAAGCAUGGGAGAAAAUAUAUUAUUGAUUAAAAUUGGCAAUGAUACAAUGAGCCCUAUAUAUAUAAUACAUGUCCUACUCCUAAUACAUAUGGGAUUAGGAUUAUAUACUACUAUUUAACUAUCAAACUAACACUCCCCUCAAGCUGUUGCAUAUAAAUCAUAUGACCGAGCUUGUUACAUAUACAACUAAUACGAGGACCAGUG